AACGUAAUUUUGCAGAAAUGCCGUGAUGCAGCGUACGGUCACCGUCAGUGUGAUCGGUGUAAGUGGUAGAGAAGCAGUAAAAGGCUCAAAAGGAGUCGGUAAAUCCCUGAUCUGUAAUCGCUUUGUUCGUGGGGAUUUCGACGAUUUUUUCCCGGAACAUUGCUCGGUGCUAUCGCAGACAGAUUUCGGCGGUUCACCGGUGAUAAACAACGACCAUUGGUUGUACUGGGGUGAACGACAACUCAGCCUUGACGACUCGACCGGCCCAGUAACGAUACGGGUCAUCGAACAAACAGAAUUCCUCGAUGACGAAACCUAUGAGCCAAUCGCUGGCCCAUCGACGUCAGAACCCUAUGCGAAACGAUGCUGUCAAAUUCGACUUGAAAGCAGGGACAAGCUUAUGUACAUACAAAAAGAACAGCUUGGUCUCGAGGCUGAAUUUGAUCAGCAUGUUCUGCCUGAUGGAAAGUGUACAGUAGAUGUUUUCAUAUAUGUAUUCGAUUCAAGCAGAACUGAGGGAAGGACCUUUGAGAGCCAAUGCUCCAUUGCUUCGACGAUCCUGACGAAUGUACUUAAAACAAAAAGACCUGUCGUCAUAGCGUUCAGCCAAGCGGAUAAUGCUGAUGAAGAAGCGAAAAAAGCUCUCCAUGCCCUUUUAAUCAAGAAAGAACUGAAAAGCACACAUAUUAACGUGGUUGAGGUAUCCGCUUUGAUGAAUGUGAACGUGGACGAGUUAUUCGUGAGUGCGGCUUGUUUAGCUUCUCGGAGUAAGCUGCGGUUGAAAAUACAACCAUUUUCCGAAGCGGUGAAGGGUGUGACGGAACGGAAUCGAGACGUUAGGAUAGCCUUUACCCGCCUACUGCAAGCUUUACUUCCUGUAGAAAACUGGCCUUCUAUACGAUUGCCAUGGCCUAGACUAGUUCGUGAGCGGUGUUUGGAACGACAGCCGGAUUAUUGUAACUUUGUGAGGAUUUAUGGUGAAGCAACAGCCCAGAAGGUGUAUGACACUCAUGUGAAUGAGGCUAGGGAACAUUGGAUGGCUGCCAGGCUACGAGCACUGUUGCCGAAUCUUCCUCGGGUAUUUGCCACACUUUUGGAUAAAUCAACCGUAGCACAAUUGAGCUGGUCAGCGGCAAAUCAUAUGAUCCAUUCGCAUCCACUUUUUGAUGAGUUUUUUCAGCCAUUGGGACAAUUAGGAAAACAAUUAGAUCCUCUACCAACAGAACAGGAAAAACGAAUGACACAGUCCGUUUCCGUAGACAAUCGGAUACCAGCUGAGAUUUUGUUGAGAAAUGAGGCACGACAGGCUUUCGAAGCUUAUCAGAGAGCUGUAGAAACCGAGCAACGGAAGGAAAGACUCGAAGAAGAAUUCGAGUUUCUCCUGUCUGACACCCCCCAAGUAACUCCUGGCAAACCCCUGCAAGAUGUUAGCAUUUUUCUCCAAGGUUUUUCCGCUUAUGAAUCACUGCCUCCAAAUCAAGCUGCUAUGGUCUAUGACCGUUUUCAACACGAUCUCCUCAAAAAAGCUGAACUUGAAUUUCGCGAAUGUUUAUUGGAAAACGUUGAGCUGUUCAUUGACGUUGUCCGAUCAAGCCGAUGCGAUUUCAAAAAUGAGACUUUGCUCAUAUCAGAAAGGGAAAUGCUGCGAAUUAAAGAAUUUCUGCAAGACGAUUUCAGAUAUCGCCAACUCUCGCGAUUGUUCGAGCUUCGCGAUGCUAUCAUCCGGCGUUUUAUAUCCUUUCUGGCUCGUCCUGCUCUUAACGACUGCCCAGCGUUUUCUGCUUGUGCUUUACUGGCCAUUCGCGAAGGAAUUGCUAUGUUCUUUCAAAGAAAAAAGCAAAACAACGUUUGUGCAAGCCACAUCAUCGACAUCUCUGUUCACGGCGAAAUGGCUAUGGUAGCGCAGUUCAUUACGGAUAUGAAUGUUCUACUGCACAACGAGCCAUUUUUAACAGCAAGCGGUCCUGCCACCAUCCGUUGUUACGGUGCUGAAGAAACUGAGGAUGGGAGGAAUGGCGACAAAACCCAGCUGUUCUUGCUAGAUUCGUCAGGGUCACUAGACUACGCCAGGGAUUGCACUACGAAGUUUUGCCUCGGAUCAAGUACGGGUACAUUGGGAAUGGGGUCAGAACCUCUGCCUCCAGUUUACGUGCUUGUCUGUGAUCCAAGUCAUUACGAUCUCUUACCGUAUCUACAUCAACAGGGUUUGAGUCUGGCUGAGAGCACUUGCGGAAUCUUCAUUGGCGCAGGUUCAUCCGAGUCGGAGAGCAACUGGAGUAGAACCAGCGACUGUAGCAGUAUUUUUGGGCGGGACCAGUUGAUGCGAAUCUGCGAUGCGGUAUGUGCUUCACAACUGGAUCGGAGGAGUGCGCUGAAAAUACAGAUGUCCGUACUCUGCGCAGAUCCAAUUCCUUUGGAUGUUCUCCUCGUUGCGCUGCUCGGAGUGGACAAUGAAAUACUUCGAGCUGUCAGGGACCCCAGCCAAAUCGGAGUUGGAACUGUGCCAAUUGAUGUACACUGGAACGAUCACCGCUUUGCUGUGGAUUUGCAUUUGGGUGCUUAUCAUUCCUGGCUAACAGCCAAAUCUGCAAAUUCUACACAUGGUCACAUUGUCGUGUACUCAGCAAGAAGAGCCGCCUCGUUCGCCCAUGCUAGAGCUGCCGUGUCUCGUGUUCUCGAUGACGGAUGUCGGACUUUGACGGGGAAAGCUAUUUUAUUAGUUGCCGUUGCCGACAUGCAGGACUAUUUCAGUGACGAGGAAACGAACCUCUUACUUACGGAAGGAAGCGAACUGGCGACGAGUAUUGGUGCUUCAUUUAUCACCAUUCCGCCAGACGCAAAUAGCGCUCAAACCGGCGAACUAGCCCGAUUUUUCGAGCGAGUGCGUGCGAUGGUACCAAAGACAACCACACUGGAGAGAGCUAUGAAAAGAGACAGUGAUCCCUACUCAACAGUUAGCGAUUAUCAACAACAACAUACCGCGCAUCCAAAGCUUGAACAUCGCAACGAUUCGAAUAGUAGCAGUUGCAUGUACGGAACCUAUAAGACAAGCCACUCAGCCGGAACGCUGCUUUCGGACUCGUCAGCCAGCGGCGACUCUACACUAUCCACCGGUCCACUGGAACGGGUCACAUCGGCCGCCUCUGCGCCAGCACUGAGAAACUCGCAUUCAGCGAUGAGUAUCAGCUACAGCUCGGCUGCUUCGGCAGUUCGCCCACGCAGACGGGUGGCUCCGAUGAUGUCGCCAUUGAAGCUACCGCUACCACAUGCGCUACCGAUACCGGCACCUUUGGCCACUCCGGAAAUGGUUGACAUCGCGCCCGAAUAUUCCGUCGUGCAGGAUGCGCUGAUUGACGACGAACAUAUCUAUGCUACCCUUGAUUUCUCAAGUAUUCAAGAUCAAAAGAAUUCUGUGAAAGAGGAGAAAAAGGUGACACCACUGAAGAAGGAGAAAAAGCGCCCCUUACGUUCCCGAAUGUUCUCGAAUCACUCCAGCACAGAGCCUUCAUCGUCCCCUUCUAUAGGCGCAAGCCAACCCUCAUCAGCCGGCUCGUCGUCAGCGUCCGUUCAUCGUGCCGAAGUCGUCGAACCGAAGUACCUUCCUCCGACUCCGGUCUCUCCACCACGUUCUGAGCAGCGACGUUGGCUGCCGAAGUCACCGAUGGCGGCGCGACGUCCGGCCAAGACCGCACCCAUCAAGCCGCGAAUCGCGCCGAAGCCGAAGCUUAUCGCGGAUGUGCAUCCGAAGACGAAUCAAAUGCCAGCGAGAUCGAUCACAAUGGAUGUGAUCAAUCGCGAUUCGGUAAUGCGUGCGAAACAGAUCUACGCCGCUCAAGGUGUCGGCGCCCAGAAGCAGCAAGGCCUUCGUCAAUCGCUCAGUGUCGAGUCGAUCAAUGACUUGAUGGACGAGAAAAAGAAGAAGUUUCAAUUUGUUCGCAAAGUGGCAACGUCAUUUCGCUUCAAAAAACCCGCCGAGAAAGAGCCGGCCGAGGUGAAGCUGAUCUCACCCCCACCCGUGACACAUAUCACUUCGAGAUCGCUUCCGCAAAGUCCGCAGAUUGAGCGAAAACCGAGAAGGACGGCUUAUCUUGCCUCAUCUGAAAAAGCCUCAAAUGCGUUUUCUUGGCUGCCAUCGCGAUCUCCAAAAAGAGGCCACAAAUCUAGUACUGAGAGCGUUCAAGGUGUGGUAGGGGCAAAUGACACAUUACAAUCGCUGGCCGAAAAGAACGGCGGAAUUCCGCUAUUUCUAGAGCGAUGCGUUCAAUUCAUCGAAAAGGAAGGCGGAUUGGAAUUGGAAGGACUGUAUCGAGUGCCUGGUAAUCAAGCACAGCUCAGUGAGCUCGAAAAGGCUUUCCGUGAAAAGGGCGAUGUGGACAUCAAUAGCCUUGAUAUGCCUGUGCACGUCGUAGCAACGGCUGUAAAAACGUUCUUUGGUUGCCUUGCCGAGCCGCUGAUCCCCUCAGAUCUGCACCAAGAUAUUCUCGUCACGGUGGAUGGAACCAACCAGAAUUGCGAUGUCAUUGAACGACUUCGCGCAGUUAUGGGAAGAAUGACACCAGUGAACCGAGAGGUUUUGCUGUUCUUCACAUCCCAUCUGCAAAAGGUUGCUUCCUCUCCCAGUACUGCGAUGGACUAUCACAACUUGUCCAAAGUGCUGUUUCCGACACUGUUCAGGCCACAAUUCAACGACUUCGUUGAGAUGUCGACGGGCACAGCGAAAUUCCAGCGAGCCACCGAAGUCAUACUACAAAAUGCACAUGAUAUCUUUCAAGCCAAUCAAGCAGAGGCGAAUCGGGUCUAAAGCAUUACGGGCAUGUAUCACUGCUUUUUAAUAUUCACUAGUAUUGAUUGUAAUAUUAACCAAGGUCACCGGUUUGAUGAGCGGUUGUGUGUGUUAACAUACGUAGAAUGGAUCAAAAUAGUAGGAUCUAGACUUACCAAGCCGUCAAUGAUAAUGGGCGUGGCUGUCCCACUAGAGCCAUCCCUACUAGUUUAUCCAACUCUCUUCUAGUUUGUACCUCACUUUUUCUAACGAAGUUUGAUGUCAUUGACUUAUAUUGUAAGCAUAUUAAUUCAUUAGAGAUGAUGAGCUUAUGAGAUACUUGAAAAAUUUUUAUUUGUGCAGUUGCUAAUCGUGCAUUUUUCUAGUCCAUAUUUGACCUUGGAUUAGGUCUCUUGUUGUUGAUGAUUACAUAGUAAUCAGUAAUCAUCUCAAUUUUGAUACAUCAUCUGUGCAAACUGUAUUUUUUCACACUUGUAGGUAAAACUUUAUUUUAUUUGUCAUUAUGUGGUAUAAAAUA